AUGGCAUCUACAAGUGGAACAUACAGGCCGAGCAAUCAUCAUGGUCUUAAGGAGGAUGGAACUCCUGAUAAGAGAAUGAAUAGCUCUGAUACGACAUAUAAGCCGAGUCAUCAUAAUGGCCUCAAGGAGGACGGCACUCCUGAUAAGAGGAUGAAUACAGGACAAUUUGCGCAUGGUAAAGUAGAUCCUCACCAGGCUGGUCAGGUCGGAGGUCACGCUGGUACCACCAGUACUGCUGGCAGCGGCGAAGUUUCCAGCACCAGUGGAAAGUACAAACCGGUCGAGCAUGGUGGCUUGAAGGCCGAUGGAGGCAAAGACAAGCGUGUCGGCACUCAUGAAUUUGCCCACGGAAAAGUUGACCCACACCAGGCAGGCCAUGAAGGUGGCUCCAAGUAG